AAGUUUUAUUGAAAAAUGUCUCGCUGCAUACCUACAGGACCGGUAUAUAAGAGGCGAUGUUCUCAACUGUUGUUAUUCGUUUCCAUCCACGAAUCAAGUGCUGACAUAUUCCCCGACUACAGGAAGAUACCCAUCAUAAUCAUGUUGAGAUUAGUCGUUCUUGCUGUGUGUCUGGUUGCCGCCAUGGCCCAGAGCUGGUACAACGAUGACGAUUACUUUGGAGGAAUCGGAAUCGGACACGGAAUCGGAAUCGGACACGGAAUCGGACAAGGAAUCGGACAUGGAAUCGGCCAAGGAUACGGAUCAUACGGAGGAUCGUCUUACUACGGCGGACAGGGCGGAUACGGAGGUAUCGGAGGAUACAAAGGGUACGGACGAGGUUACGGAAAGAGGGUGAUAGUGUCCAAGGGUUACGGUGGUUACGGUGGAUACGGAAAUGGCGGAUACGGAAAUGGCGGAUACGUUAUUGGAGUAGGAUAUGGUAAUAGAUACGGCAGUGGAUACGGUGGAUUCGGCGGUGGAAAGGGUGGAGUCAUCGGCGGAGGAUUCGGAGGAGGAAAGAAAUCAGGUUUCGGAGGUUACUAAACCAAAUACGAUCCAUACAAGAGGCUUGGGAUUGACGACUUGAUUUCCGUGUACAUAGAGUGUGUUGUUUUGGCUAAAAAUAUUAAAAUAUCAAUAAAAGCAA